AUGACGAAUGUCGGCAAUGAGUUCGGUAAAGUGUUGAUAAGUGUCCUGACCGCAUCUGAAGGAAGUGGCCUCACCCAAAUUACCACCGCCCUUGUUGACCGUUACAAGACGACGAACAGGAUAAAGAUGAAGACAGAUAUUUUUUAAUAUUAAGGAAAAGACAGAAACCGAACAAGGUCAGCUUCCAAAGCAGGCGAGGUUUACCUUCUUGUAAGUGGUCCUCCCUGUCAAGGGUAUAGCGGUCGGAAUCUUUAUCGAAAUGGGGAGAAGACAGAAACCGAACAAGUCCCUGUUUAUCAUGCUCUGCCAAAAGUACCCGGCCAACAAGAAGACAAAUGGCAAAACCAUUCUUCGUUGGACCCCGAUUGGCCAAGCCUACAAAAAAAUACGAGAAGUCGUGUUGAACAACAGGUUGGUGAUGGAAGGCACGAACAUGGUUGGGGUUAGGGUAACUGCCAGAAGGUUUGAAAACAUCAAAAGUGGCAUACCCACCCCGGUAUAGACCAGAUUCAACCCAUACAGGUAGAUUUAAACAAAGAAAACCACCCUCGCCAUACACCCAGACAGUCACACCUGGACUUGUGCGUCUAAGAAGGUAAAAUAUGCAACACAUACAAAAGUAAGCAACCUACUAGUUCAAAUCUAAUUUCCAUAACAAUCCUUUAGAGCAAUGGUUGGAGGAGACUCAGGACCGGCAACAGCUGUCGAUGUCAGUCCAGUUGUGGAGCAACUUGUUUCCCAGCUGGAAAACACUUUAUUUCCCCCAUUAAAGUUGACGGGAGAUCAGUGUCAAGGUGGAGACGGAUACUGACCAGCUAACAUAACAUCAGGGAGCUGGUCACGAUGCAUGAUUUGAUCAUGAAAGAAACAAACAUACAAUUGUAUGAACUCAAUCAAACGACACUGAUGAAAUGGUAGUUCAACAUAAUGCAAUUCAAAGACUUCAAAUGUUUCAACACCUACCUAAAAUAUACAAUUAGGUAGCUGUUGAAACACUUGAAGUCUUUGGCUAUUCGAAGAAGCUAGCACGCUGCAACCACUUGAGAUCAGUGGCUGCAACCUACUUAUCUUGUAUCAUAAUACAAUUCAAAUAUUAUAUCACCAUAUCAAACAAUUUAUAUGUACUCAUUCACUGCAUUUAAGGUGGAAUGAUCGUCAAAGAAAUAUUGAGUGCAGAAUUCUCACCCAAGGUCUGCCAGAACCACCACCACGAACUGCCCCAAAGCCCGACCUACCACCAGCCAAGCGACUCCUACCAAAGCCACAACCAACUCCACCACCUCCUCACCAAUUUGUAACCAUCACCAGCCUGCCAACCAAGCCACCUACCCAACUCCAACCACCCACAACGCCAAGCACCUCAUCCCAAUACAACAGCCCAUCGACCAUUCCCAUCCCUAGAACCACCCUAUAUAACCAAAAAAAGAGGAAGGAGAGAGACGAGGCUCAUGAGCCAGAUCCCAACAAAAGAAAAUAUGAAAGAAAGCAGUGCUUCAACGUUUGCAAACACUGCAAACUUCCAAAAACUAAAGUUUUUGGGCAUAGCAGGCAUGUUGGGCAGUACAGUGUAGACACGUUUUGCCCUGCCGUGGAGGGAAAACAAUAUCUAGAUAGCGAUGCAUGGAUGAAAGCAAGGAAGGAGGUAAACCCUCCAAAGCCAAAAAAAUAAUUAAUUAUCUAUUUGCUAUAUAAAAAACAGCGAAAUAUAUAAAAAAAUACUUGCCUCGCUAUUGGUGAUAAUGGCAAGAACAACAACACGUUUUUGUAGUUAUAUUUCUCAUAUACACCUCUGUUUAACCUCUGUUUAUACUUUCAAAACACGCGCCAUUUUGUAUUUCAUGAUUACAUCGCUAAAGCGGUUUUCAUGUCAGCGACAACUUUAUUUAAUUAAGUACUUCAUGUUAGGCAAAUUACUUGUGGUAAUUCGCGGGGGAAAGCCGGCGGGAAGAUUGCGUGGGAUUUUUUGCGCUAAAAGAACGCUGAUGUUCUCUGUUGACUAUUGGAAGGUUCUUCCAAAAGUUAUCCAAUCACAAUGCUCCAUUUGCCCAAAACCUUCCAAAAGUCUUCCAAAACCUUCCAAAAGUUCUCGACGCUGAUUGGUCAAGGGGGCUUUUCCUUUUCGUAAGCGUGUUUACUGUUUGUCUUGUUGUGAUAUGGCGUCCUCGAAGGAGUGCACAAAAGUGAGUAUUAUUUCGGUCAAUCUACAUGGUUUCUCGCAGAAUUUUUUGCUCAGUAAAAUGAGAAAAAUUUCCUAGGACAUUUGUUUUGGUUUGUGUGAAAUUCGAUCGGUUUCACAUACGUAUUUGUUCACAUAUUUUCAUGCAAACGCGAUCGUAAUUUUACGAUCACUUGACCGUGUCAAAUUUGAAUAUCGCACGAUAAAUAUACAAAGAAUUUGAGCAUCUAUUGAUGUUUUAUUCAUAUUUUUUGCUUUAGAAUCUUCGUCCCAUAUUCUUAAAAGACUCGAGGGGAGAGUUGACCCUAAACUACACGGAGGAAGCGCGACGUUUCAGGAAUAUUUGUAAGUCGUCGAGCGAAAGCACACAGCUUUGUCUGGAUGCAACGACAGUCCGAACAAACGCGGAGGCCGAAGUUCGACGGCUCGGAGGGAGCGUGAGCGACGAAAUAAAUGUCCUUGGCCAAUAUAUUCUGCAGUUUGGCAUGUUCAAAGGCCAGUCCUUCAAAUGGCUGCUGGAAAACGGCAUUGGAUAUGCUGGCUGGUUGGUGGAUAACAUGCGAUUUGAGCCUGUGACUACAGCACCGUUGUCCAUCAACAAGAACGAAUUUAAAAAAUACUUGAACAGCUUUGCGGAAGGUCGCAGCGUUGUGGCAACAAAGAAGCAAGAACGGCUGAAGAAAAUAGGUAAGAUAUAAAACUACAGUAUGUAUAUUUCAAAAGAUAUGAGAAUAUUUAAAAUUAUUAAGUGAAUAUGUCAAAUAUGUGCUCUGCUUGUGUUAUUCAUAUGUCUAGAGUAAGUCAUAUGUUUCAUGUUUGUAUCAUUGUAUUUAGAAACAUCAAGUGCCAUGUUAUCGUCCCGCAGCCCUGCAGCGAUCGCAGCCCAGCUGAAGAGGAGGUUCUCCCAUGCGACCAUUCAACCAAACGUGCCUCUGAAAGGUUUGUGUGUUUUAAUGUCAAAACUAUAUAUUAUAAUAGGCUGAAGAUAUUAUAAAAUUAUAGACCGCAAAAUCAAAACAAUUUCAAUUUCUCUAACACAGUUAAAGCGGUUCAGUCGCCUGUAGAUAUUGUGCCAGAUGACAUUCCACAUGACGAACUGCUUUCGACAGUCGCCAGGGUUGAAGCUGCUGCUGCUGCACAAGAGAAAUCGAUAGGUUUGAAAAAAUUUAUUUGAGUGAUUUUUGAUAGAAUUUAUUUAGUGAUUUGCAGAUUCAGUAUUAUAGGAAGUUGUAUCUUAAAGGUAGCAUAAAUUUCUUGUAGGCACUGCAACCAAAUCUAGUGAGAGUAGUGUGUGCUUGAUUGAUGGUUGGAAGCAGACCUUGCCAGCCGUCAACCACCAGUGGGUGUCCUCUGCCUUGUUUAAGAUGUCGAACAAAGGCAAACCUUCGUUUGACAGUGCAAAGGUCACCCAAAUGUGGUUCUACCCCCCUCCACCAUCCCUCCUACCUAGCCAACCACCAUCUGUGAGCAGGUAUUUUGCCCAACGCUUGCUACUCUGGAUGCCGAGAAAGAUGUGGCAAGUGAAGCUGCACUGUCCGCACCCUGAAUGUGAACAACACCCGUUGACGAGUGCCGGUGUGUACCCGAGAGUGAGACAGGUGCUGGAUGUGGAUGGCUAUUACAUUCUGGCAGCAGAGUACCUGGAGUGUCUCAAAUGUGGCAGGAAGCUGAUCAGUUGGAGUCCGGCAAUCAUCAAACAACUUGAUGUUGGACACCAGCUGCAGUUUCCGGUCUUGAUGACACACAAGUACGCCUGUGAUGUUAGGGUUGUGCGCCUACUGCGGCAGAGGGGACUUGGAAACAGCUCCACCCAGCUCUUCUGCAAAUUGGAGGAACAACACGAAGAGGCAUGGCUGAUAAAGUGUGCCCAGUACCUCUCAGAUUGCCAGCAUUUCACCAAGGCCUGCGCUCGGGGGAUUAUUACCCUCUUCAACCCCGAAAACCCACCACAGCGAACUCCUGUCCCAAAGCCCAAUUGGCUGUUGACGAGCUAUUGUCAGGAUGUCCUUUCCCGUGUCGAUGAGGUCAAGGCUCAGAUUACAUCCAUCUUUGGAAGAGUUCUUAAAAUCGACUCAACGAAAAAGGUGAGUUUUCUUUCCAAAAACUUAUCAAACUCUAUGUAGGAUCAAAUAGUAAUAACACAAUAUUCAAGCGUGGUUGCUCAGAAGGGAGUCAUUUGAGGGUUCAAAUCCUUCACCAGGCAAAAGUGUGUUAUAUUAUCUCCUACCAUAGAGUUAUAGAUUCUAUAUCUAAUUACUACCAAAAUAAAUAAUUUUAUAAAAAUAAAUCAGUUUUGUAAUAUGGAUUAUUCUGUUGAAAGAUUGUCAAGAAACUCGCCGGGAAUGCUGCAUUCACUGCUGCAUGGGCUACCAACGUCGGCAACGAGUUUGGUCAGGUAUUGGUGAGUGUCCUUACUGCUGCUGAGGGUAAUGGCCUGAACGACAUGGCAGCUGGUCUCGUUGGCCGUUACGAGAAAGCUGGUGUGAGUCCCCCGGAACUUAUUUACACGGAUCGCGAUUGCUGUGGUGCAGGCGGAAUCAAAGCCAU